ACUGAAUCAAUGAAUUUCAUGCACUAUAAAUAGUGUUUGCUGAUCCUGAACACUUGGGAAAAGAAGGACAAGGUUUAAAAGGGCAAGGAAUGACAUUUUAAAUGAUGAAGGACAAAUGUGCUGAUGAAUAAUAAGAAACUGUAAGCUGUAGCAUUUAAGGAAUCAACAGAAUUGAACUAGCUGCUCAGAUAAGCAGACAAAAGGCCUUCACUUGAAAUCAUUUUUAAAUUAACUGAUUAAUAUUAAUUUUUUACUAAAAGUUUAGUGGGUCCCCUUAGCCACAGCCCACCGUGUUCCCACUGUGGAGUCAAAUCCCAGCUUGUUGUCCGGCCAUGAGUCUGUUGGAAGACUUGUAAAUAAACUAUUGCAGUCCCUACUGGUAACAGAGUGAUAUGGCACACAGUUAUUGCUGGAUCUGCUCAAUGCAGAAGUAAUUUAAAAGUGUUUUAGCACCUCAGUGACCAAAAUCAAGAUUAAUAUUCAUUUUUUUCUUUCUUAGCCAAUAUUAAAAACUCUACAGGGAUUUUCUACAACAUGAAGCAACAGCAGAUGCUCUUUUGCACAAGCUGAACCUUUUUGUUCAAGAACAAAUGACUGUGGGUUACAAGAAAGUCUUUGGUUCGGGUACAAGACUUUAUGUGACAGGUUCACAGGUUAAGUCACCAAAGUUGUAUGGAUACCUACCGUCAAAAAAAUACAUUGACAAACAUGACAAACAGACAAUGUUAUGCCAGGCAAGUGGCAUGUUUCCUGACUUGGUGAAAUUCACAUGGAAAAAAAAGAGCGAAACAGGAGACUGGACGGAUGUACCAGAGGAAAAUGUUGUGGAACAGAAUAACAAAAAUGCAGUCACUGUGACAAGUAUGAUGAUUAUAGAUAAAAACACGGCCGAAAACAACGACUACCAAUGCAUUGUUGCCCAUGAGGGAAACACUGAUAAACCCCAAACUCUUGAAAUGAAGAGAGAAGACAGUAACCCAUCAAAAGAAUCUAAAGUUGAUCAGAACCCACCAACAUGUGCACCCAGCACUGAGGAGACCAUAAAAAAGCAAAUAUCAGGAGAUUCAGAGCAAAUACCCAGUAUGUUCCUGUUUGUCUACGCAUAUGGUGUCAUGCUCAUGAAGAACGGAAUAUAUUUUUGUGCUGUGUCUAUCUUUCUAUUAAAGCGAAAAGCUGGAAGAAAGAAAGACGAAAGCUCUUAGAGAUUUAAUGCUAAGAUAAGAUAAAUAUCAAGCAAGCAAAGGUUUAUUAUAUUUCGCUGACUAAAGCAUAGAUGCAUAUCUAUAUAUUAUCUCUGCUUAACCGUAUUGCUUUUAAAUUCGUUGUAGAUCUGCUUUGCAACAUUUAUUUUUGUAUCUUUGAAAUGCAAUAUUUAGAUUUUUAAAAAUGUGUA